AUGGAGCAACGCGAUCUCGUCUCGAGACCGAGGUCGGUGUCCCGGGCUCCUAGGGAAGAACCCCAGAGCAGUCAGAAUUCGGAGAUAGACGUUCUACAAUUCGCUGAGUUGCAUUUCGUGGCUGAGCAGACUGCAAAGCAUGCACGGUGCUGGGAGGGUCAGGUGGAUAGACCUGCUUGUCUUGACUUCAAGGCCAUCUGGACUUGUAUCACCCCUAGGAUGCGGGAGCUGUACGUAGAUCGUGUCAAGUAUGUUGAAACGAAAGGUUGGGAUUGGAUAUACGCGGACUAUGAAGGUUCUUUGAAAUGCUGCGUUGAUUUUGCUGAUUUCAAAGCUUUGGUUGAUAAUUACGACGGCGAAUCGCAUGUUCCACAGGACAACGUGGUUAAGGAAGAGGUUGAUGAUCGUGAUGUCGUUCCUGAGUCCAUGUUUGUUGAUCAAGACGAACCAGAACCAGAACCGAGACCAGAGCCGAGAGCUGAUUUUCCAGACGAGGAUGUCGCCACGGCAGACUCGGUCGAGGAGUCCCCGCUAGAGUGUGAUAUCAAGAUUCCCGCGAACGAAGAAAUUGUCGCCUUGGAGAACGCUGUGGGUAAAGGAGUUGAGAUUCUGAAGAAGCUAUAUGCCAUUUUCUCAGGAUCGGAUGCCUUCGGCAAUGAGGCAGACUGGAAAGCUGAGAUUGAGCGGACCCAAAGAUAUGCCUGUACGGAGAAGGUGAUCAUCGGACUAGUUGGAAGCACCGGAGCAGGAAAGUCGUCACUCAUCAACGCGAUCCUAGAUGAGAAGAAUGUCUUGUCUACAGACUGCAUGCGUGCUUCUACUGCCGUUGCAACGGAGAUCUCCUACAACCAAGGAGCCACGAAGUACAGAGCAGAAGUCGAAUUUAUCGAGCGACAUGAGUGGGAACGCGAAUUGGAAGUCUUGUUUGAAGAGCUCCUUGACCACCAAGAUGAAGUGACUCGAGGUGCAAUCCCCAAAAAUUCCGAUGCAGCGGUGGCCCUUGACAAGAUCAAGGCCGUCUACCCGAUGCUGACACCCAAAGACAUUUUCAACGCAUCCGUUGCCAACUUGAUGGCGAGCGAGAGAGUCACUGAUCUCCUGGGGACUACUAUGGGCUUUGAGGGAGACGACCCUAAAGCCAAGGGAAAACGAGGCCGACCCAAGAAGUCUGCUAAGAAACAAGAUGCCGAUGAACACCCAGACUCUGCGAGCGACACUGACACAGCCAACCAGGGCAUUGGCCUUUGGCCUCUUGUGCGUGUUGUGCGGAUAUACACCAAAGCCCCAGCCUUGGCAACUGGUGCGGUUUUGGUGGACCUUCCUGGCAUCUUUGACUCCAAUUCCGCGCGAGUUGCCGUCGCCGAAGAUUACAUGAGACGCUGUUCGGCUCAUUGGAUUGUAGCUCCCAUCAACCGGGCUGUCGAUGAUAAAGUCGCGCGUGACCUGCUCGGAAAGAACUACAAGCUGCAAAUGCAAAUGGAUUGCGCAUUUAAUGACAUGACCUUUAUUUGUACUAAAACCGACGACCUAGCUCCAACCGAGGUCAUCCAUUCUCUGGGUCUCGACUUGCCAGCGUUCAACGAAGUUCAACAGCUGCCAGCUAAGGUUGAAUGGCUGAAGAACGAAAUCAACGCUUUCGAGAAGCCUAAGAAAACAAUACUCUCGCGGCUGGAUUGGAUAGAGACCGAGAUUGAAGAACUUGAAGAACGACUAACUGGCGAUGAAUUCGGCUGUGAUGUAUUGGAGAUCACUCCCAAACGCAAGAAGCCACACGGAAGCGAGCCCUUGGAGAUGCCAGCCAUUCAAGAGGCAGGUACCACUGAGAUUCCUAUGGUGGAGAAGCUCAAGAACCGAUUCUCGGACCUCAAGGUUCAGCGCAAGGAUCUACGGUCUCAGCUAAAGCAUAUCAAUGAGGAAAUGGACAGCAAAGUGGAGGAGCUGAAAGAGCUAGAAGACGGAAAGGAAAAAAUGGAGCACUCUGUCAUAAAAUCUUGCAUUGAGGCGAGGAACAGGUUUUCGAAACAGCAGAUCAAACGCGACUUUGCCUUGGAGGCCGCAGGUUGUGAUUACGACGAGCUGGAAAGGAACCUUCCUGUGUUUUGCGUGUCGACCCGGGCCUACCAAGGCCUCCGGGGUCGGGCUGAUAUGGCAAAGCUCGUUGGUGGCUUCUCCGAACUGGAGGAGACUGAGAUACCACUUCUACAGCGCCAUUGCGUAAGGCUCACCGAAAAGGCCAGAGAAGAAUCGUCUCGGAGGUUCUUGACCCAACUGAACCAGGUCCUGCAGUCGAUGAAGCUGUGGUGUUUGGUGAGCACGGCAACAAGCGACGCCUCAGAGCAGAAAAUCAAAGAGAUUGAAGCCGACUUCGAAAGUGUGUUUGGCGGACUGACAGAAGCUGCGGAGGCGCAUAUGAACCAUUUCGACAGUGUCGCCAGGGAGACUGUCCAAGUAAGCAUCUUCAAUAAACUAAACCGAGCGUCGCGACAUGCAGUUGUCCAAUUCCCCGAAGCUGUCUCUCGCUGGAAUGCCCCAGGCAAUUCCGGGGGACUCCGAUGGAAUACAUACAAGGCCAUCUGUCGCCGUCGGGGAGUAUAUCAUAAGAUAGAUUGGAAUCAAGAUUUAGCCCGACCAAUGCUUGAUAAGAUAGCUUCAUCCUGGAAGAGGACUUUCACGGAACUUCUCCCGCAUUGCCUUCAUCAUUUAAAGGAAAAUCUGGAAGCCGUGGUCAGUCAAUUCCACACACAGGUGAUAGAUUCCGUCAAGCAGGGUGUUCCUGAAAAAAUCCGAGUCCAACUGCAAGAUACGCUCGUCGCGUGCCGUCAGACAAUGGGAGAGCAGUUUCGACAGGCUGAAAACUGGACCAUGCAGGAACAGAAGCGUAUCAACCGAACGUUCGCCGAAGCGAUCGCUGAGCGACUGAAAGAAACCUACCAGGCCUGUGCCUCCGAAACAGGUGAGACUCUAUCGCAGCUAGUCGAGAAGUAUUCUAACAUGCUCAUCACGACAGGACGAGGAAGCUUACAGCGAAGCACGGAGAGUGCAAAGCACGAGCUUGGGAAGCUACUUGACGGCCAGCAAGCUGAGGUGGAUCGGAUUAUCCAUAAUAGACUACAGCGGAUUUCAAAGGACUACCAUAGGGCGCUGAUCGAACCACAGAUCAAGCUGUAUACGGAAGAGCAGAUCCGCAUGAAGAGUGAAGUCGCUAAGAUCGUCAAGGAAGCUGAGGCGGAGUUGCUACUGGGACACCUUCUGGGAGGAGUUCGUUCUUCGUAA